UCGAGGAAGGAGGGGACCUACGCUGUUCCCCUUCCGCUCCCCCUCCCUACGCCGCCUUCCCUAGCAACGGUUGCCCCGGCAACCGGCGGGCAACACUCGCGCGGAGGGCGGUGGGAGCUCGACACAAAGGAUGCUGAGGAGAAGAGACCAGGCCUGAGGAGGCCGAAAGGAAGAGAGAGGAGGGGUUGGAGGGUGGGAAGGGGCUGCCACAGCCCAGGAGCUGGUGGGAGGUAGAAGGGAAAUAGGGGAGAAAGGGGGGGACGAGAUUUGGAGGGGAGGCCUCUGGGGACAAUGGCUUCGCUGGCCCCUCCUGAGAGCAUUUAUAACCUCUUACCCACUGAGCCAAAGAAAGUCAGCAACCCUCCGAGAUAUGUAUCAACUUUUAGAUCAUUUGUGAGACAUGAGUUACAGAAAAAUAAAGCUGCAUGUAAAACCCUGGGACCAGCAAAAGUGGAAGUUCCUUCCCCACAGGAGUUUCUGCAGAAGCAUUCAAAGGAAGUAAAGCUGCCACCCAGGAAAAAAAUUGAAAAUAACAAGCCCAAAAAGCCUCCUGUGGCAUCGAAGACAGAUCACCCAGUUUUGGGAAUCGCGAGUGGAAAGAAUUUUAUAAACACAAAUGCAGCUAAUGUCAUCAUGGGAGUAGCUAAAAAGCCUAAACCCGUUUAUGUUGAUAGAUGUACUGGAGACAAACAUAAUCUUGAACCUUCAGGACUUGUUCCAAAAUACAUCAACAAAAAGGAUUAUGGUCUCACUCCUGAAUACAUAAUUAAGCGAAACGAAGAAGUAAGGAAAGCCCAGGAAGAGUACGAUGCCUAUGUCCAGGAGAGUCUCAGAAAGGCAGCCAUGAAACGGCUGACUGAUGAAGAAAGGGAAACGGUUCUGCAGGGGUUGAAACAGAACUGGGAAGAGGUACACCGGGAGUUCCAAGCCCUGUCGGUAGUUAUAGAUUCUACACCCAAGAAGAUGCGCAAGCAAAAGCUAGAAGCAGAGAUGAAACAACUCGAGCAUGACAUUGGUGUAAUUGAGAAGCACAAAGUCAUCUAUAUUGCCAAUAAUUAAUAAUGGAUCCGUAGAAAAUGUUUCUUUUAACCCAGUAGGAAAAAUGAGGCAGGAAAUGAGAAUAAGCUAUUUAUAGGCAGAGAGUAGUAAAUGGGUUAUAAAAAGACCAAAGCCGUACUCUUUAAAUAAUUAAAAUAUACUUGUAAGUUAGAUUCCACACGUAAAAGUUCUGUUUCCAGCUUUUUCAUUAAAGGAAUAUUUUCCAGAAUAA